AUGUUUGCUCCGUCGCGGUCGAACCACGGGACACAUGCGACUCAUCUGCCUCAUCCAAGCCAGUCGAGCGCUGCGGGAGAAUUGCAAGCUAUUCUCGCUGUUUGGGAAGCUGAGAAUGAUAAUGCUUCAUUCAGUGCCAAACUAUCUAUUAUAAGACUUUCGGAAUUAAUAGAAGAAGCAACUGAUGAUUUUUUGAAGCAAGAUCCUGACCCUUUGGAUGGUCGUCAUCCGGCUAAAACAUAUCCUUCUUGUAUCCUGGGCCACCUGCUAAAAGUUAUCAGUCGCUACGAAGAAUUCAUGAACAAGCUUCUUGUGUCUUAUCUGAUGUCGCGCGAUGAUGUUGAAUUAAAUAUUGCCUCCGCAAGAUUGUUGCUCAAUAUUAUUCCCGGUUUAGAUUCUACUGUCUUAUCCGAGCCAGAAGGUUUGAUACCGCAACUUUAUAGAUGGGCAGAAAACGAUGCAACCAAUUGUUAUUUGAGGGCGUACUCUUUUGGUCUGCUUGCUGCCGCCUUAGAUGUAACAAGUGUUGCAAGUAGUCUUAAAUUAGAAAAUUCUGCUCUCAUUCCAAUUGCACUACGGCGUUUAAAGGAUUUGUUUGAACAAAUGGAAAAAGAGAAACAAGAAACUGCGGAAAUAUCAGAACCAGAUAAGGAAAAUAAAGAGGAAAAUGUUGAAGAUAGUGGUCCAUUUGCUGGUAUGUCCCGAGAAAUAUUCCAUAGCGGUGAAAGACCUUCACUGGCUGAUGUUUUAAAGGAACGCGAAACAGCAAAGUACUGUGGAGAGGAAGCGUCAGGGCCAUCUUUUGCCGUUAUUGCGAACAAUUUUACUGGAUCAUUGUACAGUGAAGAAAGAAAAUCCAUCCUAAGAAUAUGUGAACCGAUCUACGAAUCUUCUGUAUCCGAGAAUCUAGAACUAUCCGUACCACCGCGGAAAAAAGUUAGACUGGAUAGAGAACAACACGCUAGUUUUUAUGAAACUCGUAGCUCAAGCACAUCGCUGGGAUCAUUUAUUGAAGGAAAGAGUAAUAGUCAGUGGGCUGUAAUGCAAAAACGACGUCUGGGAGAAUACCGAAUCUUUCCUUUAACAACUGUUAUGGAACAGCGCCUAAUUAUUCAGUAUCUUACACCUAUUGGAGAAUAUCAGGAUCUUUUGAAAGAAACUUAUGAGAAUCGUUCAUUGGAUCUUGUUCUGCGCUAUUUGGAAGGUGCUCGAAAUCACGAUAGCCGUCUCAUAUUUGAUGUUUUAAAGUAUCUUGCUGGUCUUUUGGUUCAUCGUAGACUCGCGCUGGAUUUUGUGGCCGCUGGUGGUGUAGAUCUUUUGAUUCGUAUAGAACGUGAUUCACUGGCAUCAGUUGUUGUUGGAACAUGUCUUUAUUAUUUGGCUUAUAAUGCAGAUGCAAUGGAAGGUGUUUGCCUUUUGCCGGAACAAACUCUUAAUGAACUCGUUCACUACGCGUUGUGGCUUUUGGAGCAUAGUUAUGAAAGUGGUCGCGCUGGAUCGUCAAUGUUUUUUACUCAUGCAUUCCAAUUUCGACCUGUACUUGAACGAUUCGAUGAUUAUGAUGGGCCUCGACGCCUGUUUAAUUAUAUUUCGACCUUAACCCUUUUGCAAGAAGAUUCGGAUACUGUUCUUUCUGAUGAACAUCUCUAUACUAGUAUGCAAGCUAUUCGAAAUACUUGCAUGGCUUUUAGAAGUUAUAUGGCUGCCCACAUUUUUGUCAAAGUGGAACAUCUGAAGCGAACACAUGUAUCUCGAUUACAGUGUCUCAGGGAUAUCGUCAUCCCUUCGUGUGUUCAUGGUUUGCCGGCUAACAAGGGGAUGCAUCUGGAUGACGAAAAUUUGAAAACUUGCGUUUGGAUUCUGCUGCAUACUUUGAGUUUGCAUUCAUCUUGGCGACCUGUUGAUGAAUUGAAACGUUUAGGAGUUAUUCGCACUAUGUAUUUCCUAAUCGGUACAGCUAAUUCCUGGAAUGGUGGUUCAAAAGUUGAAAUUCUUAAAAUGUCUCUUGAUGUUCUGUGGAUGUGUUCUGCCGUCCCUCGGAUUCAGAUGGAUAUUUGCGAGAGUACAUUGAAAAUACGAGACCAAAAUGUUGAAUCUCUCGGAGUAAUUUUGGAACUUUGCGAAGGCGAAAUGAUAGCAGACUCUGAAGUUCAGUUCGCUGCUUUGAGGGUGAUAAUAAAUUGUGUGUGUGCUCCACUGGAACGGCAUAGUGGACGAUUAGCUUUAUCGCCUUCAACUAGUGACACUUUAGUACACGUCUCUGAUUCUCGAAUAAGCUGUCGAAGUGUCGGAACCCCUUAUAAAAUACGAAAACAAAAAAAAGCACAGAUGGAAUUUUUUCUGGAUAAAGUGUGGAGUGCUAUUCGAAGAAAUAAUGGAAUUAUGAUCUUGAAAAAAUUAUUGUACACAGAAACGCCAAUCACAGAAGCGGAUGCGCUUCGUGGGAUUGCGUGUCAAAUUCUCAAUGGUUUAGCACGUUCCGAAAAUGUUCGUCAAAUCCUCGAAGUAAUGCCACUCAUUGCAAACAGCGAGCUUUGUGGUCUAAUGCGUGAGCCAGUUCUGCAGGAACGACGUGCUGAACACACUCGGUUUUGUGAACAAGCUCAUUUGCUGAUUGAGAAGAUCACCAGAAAACGAAUCCAUGAUUUUCCAAAAGAUAUGACGAAAGAAAAACUUUGGAAAUGGCAUAUCGUUGCUCAUACCAAAGUUGUUUACAACGACAAAGAACUACUACAACUAAUACAUCAACAUCUGAUUAAAAAGGGUAUGCUCAAAACAGCGGAGAAUUUAAAAGAAGAAGCCAAUUUACCUGAUAUACCCGCAAGCCGUGUCUCCACUCGUCUGCUUUCUAUUGGUCCAUUGCCAAAAUGUUUUGGGAACACUUUUUCUGAUGUCGACAGCGAUAUUGUGUCAGGGAAAACUUUGGUUUUGAGCACUUUCGAUGGCAAUAAUCGGCGUCGAAGAAGUGAGCGGUUAACAGCACCCAUCAUUACGGCAGAACACAUGCUUCUUAAUGAACAGCGAGAUCAGAUAGCUUCCUUAUCCUCGACACCCAUGUCAAAAUCAACAAAGGUGUUGAAUAUUGCUGGACGUCGUCAUUGUGAUGGAAGCUCACCAGGAACAUCUUUUCUAAGUUACUAUUCAACAGACCUUAGGAAACCUGAGGUUACGGACAGUACCGAAAGCUCCACAAACCCUCAGUUGUCGGCAAUGCCGGUUCCUCCAAAAGAUCUUGACGAAAUCGUUACAGAUUUUUUCAGAAAGCAACAUUCGGCAUGUUGUAAUCCGAUAUCUACAUGUCCUCCCUUCUCGCUUUACUAUCCACACCACUGUCCGGAACCACAACGUAAACGCUUUGCUCCAAAAAAUAUUGCUAAUCGAUUUUUAAGCCGUCCGUUAAUUUCGGCUGCGUGGAAUCGGGAAAGGUUCAGAGAGGACAUUCAUUUUGCUUUCAGUCGCUUUCGUCCAGUGCGAUCAUUUACGGAAAGCGAGGAGACAUUUACUUGCUGCAGUUUUUCGAUUGAUGAUGAACACAUACUAUUAGGUUCUUAUGCUGGAGCAUUGAACUGGUUUAAUAUACAUACUGGUGCUGAAGAAUCGAACACCGAGUGCCAUCACAGUGCAAUUACUGGUAUCGAACAGUCAAAAGAUGGUUCACUAUUGCUUACUUCAUCGGCUUUUGUGAAGCCACUUUCUUCGCUUUGGCGUAUUGGUGAGACACAGGAACAUAUGAUCAAUUUUCCGGAUGAAUACUUUGUUGAGUUCAAUAAAACAGUACAAGAUCGUAUCAUCGGAACGCAAGGGAGUAAAGCAACGAUUUAUGAUACGGAAACUGGUCGAGCUGUGGUUCGCCUUUUUGAUGAAACUUUGGCAAAUAAUUAUACCCGUAACAAGGCAACAUUUGACCCGAGAGAUGAAUUGAUAUUAAAUGAUGGUAUAUUAUGGGAUCCGAGAUUGGGGACAAAAAUAGUGCACAAAUUCGACAAAAUGAAUGCUGUUAAUUGUGGUAUGUUCCACCCACGUGGAAACGAAGUUAUCAUAAAUUCUGAAGUGUGGGAUGUGCGAAAUUUCAAAUUGCUUCAUAGUAUCAGUGCACUCGAUCAAUGUAAAAUUGUAUUUAGCGGUGGUACAGAUGCUAUUUAUGGAUCUACAUAUUUGGAUGUAGAAGAAAUAGAUGAUCGCUUUCGUCAAACAUUCGCUUGUUCAUUUCGAACUUUCGAUUCCACUACCUACAAGGUAAUUACAACAGUGGAUGCAAAACGAGCUUUAUUCGAUUUUUGUGCUGAUCAUAACGAUCAGUAUAUGGCUUUGAUUGAAGCUCAUGGAAAUGCUGAUGAUUUGUUGGAGUUGCGAGAAAAUGUUUGCCGUGUCUACGAGGUUGGGAAACGCCGUGAAGCAGACGAGUGUGAUGAUGAACAAGAAGAAACAGGUGAUGAUAAUGGAGAUGAUGAUAUGGGCUCAUCGAGUGAAAUGGAUACAUCGCUUGGUGAUACAACUGCUACGGAUUCUUCAUCAGAAGAGAAUUCUGAUGAAGAAAGUGAUGAGUCCUUAUAUGAAUCAACACAUAGUCUUAAUGGCAGUUUAAAUGAUGAAGAUGAACAGUGGGCAGAUGAUGACGGUCACAUUUCGGAAAAUGGCGAAAGUUCAGAACGAAGUAAUGGUGUUCUGCUGAGGAUUGGUGAUCGUGAAGCACUAAACAUUGUUUUUGAUCCAGGCACAAACCGGCGAGAUAUUCGCUUACUGCAAGCUUUGGCGGUGGAUUCAGACAGCGAUACAGAAGUGGAUGUGAGCUACAAUCCUGACGAUGACUCAGCCAAUACUGAUAUGCAUCCAGGUUCAAGUUCAAUAGUUUUAAAUCCGAUACUUCGAAGACAGCGAAGAGCUGAACGGGAAUAA